CGGCCGGGAGCCUCCGUCGCGAGAGCGGGGCGCGCAGCGGCGACCCCGCCGCGGAGGGGCGUCCCACUCCUGUACCGCCGGGCCCCGACGGGUGACUGGGUCGGAGGACGCCCUUGCCCCUAACCUGCGGACCCAGGACGGGGGAAGGGGGCGGGCCACUCGGCCAGCAUUGGGUCCCGGCUCCCGCCGGCCGCUCCAUGGCCUGGACCAAGUCCCAUUCGCUUCUCCGUUCGGCAGCGGUGCAAUGCCAGGUUGCAGGAGCUGGUCUUCGGGGGGGCCCCUCCCGCACUGACAGUCCCCAACCUGUCUGCAGUGGUGCUUUCUGAGCUGCGGAAUGUCCCGGUUCAAGGUGACAUCGCGGUCCCCAGACGGCUGCCUCCCGGGACAGCAGCAUUUCGCACGUGGCCUGUCUUCAUCAGGGCCAGGAGUUCCCGCCGCUUCCAACCUCUCCUGCUGGGCGUCUGACUCCACUGGGCCCUCUGGCCCUGGGUGCACUUUGGCAAAGCCCCGCUUCUUCUGGUGGCCCUUCGGCACCUCCCAGCAAAGGCUUUCGGGAGCUGCACUGAAAGAACAUGCUGGAGCAACUCCUGAUCCACCAGCCCAAGGACCCCAUCCCAUUCAUGAUCAAGCACUUGCAACAGGACAACGAUAAUGUGCCGAAGAUUGUGAUAUUAGGUCCACCCGCCUCGGGGAAAACAACCAUAGCGAUGUGGCUUUGCAAACACCUGAGCACCAAUCUUCUCACGAUGGAAAACCUGAUCGCCAGAGAAUUUUCCUCACUGGCUGCAACUGCCAGGAAGCAUUAUCAGACCACGAAGAAACUGUCCAGCGCGCUGCUCGUCAGUCUGAUUCAGGAACGCCUGAGAGAGGAGGACUGCGUCAGGCAGGGUUGGAUUCUGGAUGGCAUCCCUGAAACUCGGGAGCAGGCCCUGAUGAUCCAGACCCUGGGGAUCACCCCCAGACACGUCAUUGUGCUGAGCGCUCCUGACACCGUCCUGAUUGAGAGAAACUUGGGCAAGAGAAUCGACCCUCAAACGAGAGAGAUCUAUCAUACCACCUUCGACUGGCCCUCCGAGUCUGAAGUCCAGAACCGACUGAUAGUGCCGGGGGACAUCUCGGAGAUGGAGACGGCACGGAAGCUGCUGGAGUACCACAGGAACAUCGUCAGGGUCCUCCCUGCUUAUCCCAAAGUCCUGAAAGUCAUCAACGCUGACCAGCCGUGCGUGGACGUCUUCUACCAGGCUCUGACCUACGUCCAAACCAGCCAUCGAUCUAAUGCCCCGUUCACUCCGCGGGUGCUGCUUUGCGGGCCCGUGGGCAGUGGGAAAAGUCUGCAGGCGGCCCUCCUGGCCCAGAAAUACGGCCUCGUCAAUGUCCACUGUGGGCAGCUGCUGAAAGAGGCUGUCGCCGACGAGUCAAAACUCGGCGAGCUCAUCAAGCCCUAUUUCCAGAAGGAGAUGGCAGUCCCCGACAGCAUCAUCAUGAAGGUGCUGAGCCAUCGCCUGAGCCAACAGGACAGCGUUCAGAAGGGGUGGGUGCUGCACGGCUUCCCCAAGGACGUGGACCAGGCACACAUGCUGAACAGCCUGGGCUUCCAGCCCAACAGGGUGUUUUUCCUGAAUGUGCCAUUGGAUUCUGUCAUUGAGCGGCUGACCCUGAGGAGAAUCGAUCCCGUCACGGGAGAGAGGUACCAUCUCAUGUACAAGCCCCCUCCGACCGUGGAAAUCCAGGCGCGCCUCCUGCAGAACCCGAAGGACACGGAAGAGCAGGUCAGGCUGAAGAUGGAGCUGUUCUACCGGAGCUGCUCGGAGCUGGAGGAGCUCUACACGCACGCCAUCGCGCUCAAUGCCGACCAGGACCCGUACACGGUGUUCGAACACAUAGAGAGCGGGAUCGUCAAUCCUCUGCCCAAGAAAGUCCCCUGAUGGGCUCCGAGCAAGGGGUGUCCCGCAGGGAAAUGAGUUAAUGCCAUCCCCAGCCUCCUGGGAACUCAGCCGAGCCAAUAAAGAGUGCUGGGUACAGUC